AUGAUAUAUGGAUUUAGUAACAAAGAUGGUAUUAAGAAUUUUGUAUCACUUGCAUCUCGUGGAGAAGCACCAUGGUCAUUAAUUGAUGGGCUAUAUCCAUCGAAAAAUUUUACAAGACUUCAUCAUUUGCAUAAUCUUAUGCAAAGUACUUUUGCAUUUCAGAAUAUAGCGCAUGGGCUAUGGAAAGAUCUCGGUUCAAUUUCAUAUUCGAUGGAUCGAAUGAGUAUUACUGAUCAGAAUUUAGUUAUCAUGCAUUUAAAUAAGAUUCCAAAGACACCCUUAUUCGAGACAUAUCAUCAAUAUGUAAUACCUGCGUUGACAAAAAAUCCUAUGGUAGAAUUCAGAACUUAUGUUCAAUCUUUUCAUACAAAACAUAGAUCAAAAAUUAUCAAAUAUAAUGGAUUUAAUCCGAAUUUUGUUCCACAAAAACAUCAUAUUAUCAUAACUAAUAAAUCGAUUUCCGAGUGGGCAUAUCCUGGUUCUAAAAGACAUCGCGCAAUUGUAAACUUAGAAGAAGUUGAAAAGUUCAUAAAACUAACUUAUCCAACUAUAUCUGUUGAAGUAAUUGAAUGGCAUACUAUUCCAUUUAAUAAACAGAUUGAAAAAUUAUUAAAUACAACUAUAUUAAUAACACCAUGUGGUAGUGUAUCAUUGAUAAUACUAAUGCUACCUAAUGGUGCACAUGCGAUAGUAAUGGAUUAUUAUGUUACUAAGACAGCUCAUGGAUAUUUGAAAGGUGAAACCGGUUCAAUGGAGGGUGCUUUGUUAAAUCACAUUGUUCAUGUGAGAAAACAGUAUUAUCAAAUAUAUGGAAAACAAGAUUACGAAUUUGAUUAUCCGGGAGCUACUGAUGCUCGAGAAGCUUCAUCUAUUAUUGUAAAUAUGACGCGUUUACAAUUAUUAUUUGAUAAGGCUUUGGAAGAAAUGGAACCUUAA